CUUCCUUUUUGUGCGCGCAAUCGAAUUUAUAUUCGCUAAAUCAAUCGAGAAUUGCGGACUUAGGUUUCAGUCUCGUCCACAAUUUCGAGCCCAAGACGGAUGUGCGCGCGAACACAUAAUCGGUCAUUUGCCAUGUCCACGCGUUCUGAUACCCUAAAUUAAUGCAAAUUCUUUGAUCGUAUUCGGAAAUUUUCUUUGGGAAAUUUGACUGAUUGCAUUCUGAUUCCUCUCCAGAAUGGUCGAAACCCUCCGUAGCUAUUAAUGUUCACCUGAACUAAAUACUGUACAUUCGUUUUAAUUCCAAUAGUAAAUUUUGGGACGAGAGAACUAAUUUUUGAAUCAAUCAUAAUCCAUCUGUUUCUAAUUUUGUCGGAUGCAAUUCAUUAUGUGAGAUUUGACGUUCAUAGAAGAAAUCGGUUAUAUUGGCGUAGAAUGCUCGCAGCGUGCGUUAAAUGUUAAGAACAGUGGCUCUGAAGUCUGGAGUGUCGUAGGCUUGUAGCAUUCUUAUUUUGGUUCAGCUAUGGGCAGCGGAACCGCAAGCGUUCUUGAAUUAUGUUGUUGUCCUUGUUGAGUAAGCGCUCGUUGGAGAUUGAUUCCAGGGAUUCCUAUGGCUUUGCAUUAAGACCACAGCACGCACAAACGUACAGAGAGUAUGCUUCCAUCUACAAGGUAGAGGAGGAUGAAAGAUGUGAUAAAUGGAGGAACUUCUUUGAACAGAUAUCUAAAUCAUCUCAACCAUAUUCUUUAGAGACAGGAGGAGAGAAAGGUACGGAGAGGAUUAGUGAAGGAAACGAUUUUAGGGGCAAGGAGUCUGCUGAAGGCAAUGAGAGAAAAGAACAUUUAUAUGUAGGGGGGACUAGUAAAGAAGGUGGUUCAGAUUAUGGCAAUUCUGAUGAAGAAACUGAGCCUAAAGAGGAGACAAGUCUAGAGAGGCUGGGUGAUGAAGAUGAUUCAAGUGUAACAGGAAGUACUUCUGAUAAUGUGGUCCAUCUUUCAGAAGAAAGAAAGACUGUUAAACUUGGAAUCUGCGCUGAAAUUAGACCGUCUCUCAUUGACAUUGAGAAAAUUAUGAGUUCUCGCAUCAGGAAGGGAAAGAUUGUGAAAGGUCAGCAGAUAAAGGGUAAUGACAACCAUCUUCCAUCGAUGCAACAAUCUGAAUCUGUCAAAGGGGCUUCUGAGCGGACCUGUGAGGAUGAUGUCUGCGUAAAUGAGACUCUAGACAACAAUACCAAUGCAUCAAGGAAUGAUAAUGCUUUUGUGGACCGAGACUCAUCUGAGCUUUUCUUUGCAUGGAAAGAACUUCAGUUCCUUGUUCAGGGAGGAGUGCCAAAGGAUAUCAGAGGAGAGGUCUGGCAAGCCUUUGUAGGUGUGAAGACACGUCGGGUGGAAAGCUAUUAUGAGAAUCUGUUAGCUGAAGAAAUACAUGGUGGUGAAAGCAAGGAGCGGGAUGACCUGUCUGGUGCAUUUGGGAAAUGGAGAAAGCAGAUUGAGAAGGAUGUGCCGAGAACUUUCCCAGGUCAUCCUGCUCUGGAUGAAAAUGGCAGGAAUUCCUUGAGGCGCCUACUUCUUGCAUAUGCUCGGCAUAACCCCUCUGUAGGGUACUGUCAGGCAAUGAACUUCUUUGCUGGUUUAUUGCUGCUUUUUAUGCCUGAAGAAAAUGCCUUUUGGGCAUUGGUGGGCAUUAUUGAUGAUUAUUUUGAAGGCUGUUAUACAGAGGAAAUGAUAGAAUCUCAGGUGGACCAGUUAGUUUUUGAGGAAUUGGUGCGUGAAAGAUUUCCAAAGCUGGUAAAACAUUUGGAUUACUUAGGAGUGCAAGUGACAUGGAUUUCUGGACCUUGGUUCCUUUCAAUCUUUGUGAACACACUUCCUUGGGAAAGCGUUCUUCGAGUCUGGGAUGUGCUGCUAUUUGAAGGGAACCGUGUCAUGUUAUUUCGAACAGCACUAGCGCUAAUGGAAUUAUACGGUUCUUCAUUAGUUACAACAAAAGAUGCAGGUGAUGCACUCACACUUUUACAGUCACUUACUGGCUCAACAUUUGACAGCAGCCAGCUAGUCUUUACUGCUUGCAUGGGCUUUCUAGCAGUGACUGAGGCCAGAUUGCAGGAACUAAGAGAUAAACAUCGGUCAUCUGUAUUAGUUGUCUUGGAGGAAAGGUCAAAAAAGGGAUGCAUUUCAAAGGAUUCAAAAGGGGUUGCAGCUAAACUGUCCAGCUUCAAGCGUGAGCCAGGAUCUCUGGCAGAAGAAAGGAAGACUGCUGAUGAGGAAAAAUCAUAUUUGGAGCCUCAAUCUUCUAAUUUGGAUGAAUUUCUUAAUGGCCUUCAUGGUAGUCAAGAGGACGAUUCUCUACCAGAUCUCCAGGAACAGGUGGUUUGGUUGAAGGCUGAGUUAUGCAGGUUGAGUGAGGAGAAAAGAGCCUCUGUACUCAGAUCUGAGGAGCUAGAAACAGCUCUAAUGGAGGCAGUCAAGCAAGAUAAUCGACUGGCACUGAUUGCAAAGGUUGAGCAAUUGGAGCAGGAGGUAGCUGAGUUACAGCAAGUCCUUGCUGGAAAGAAAGAACAAGAAGCUUCCAUGCUGAAGGUCCUAAUGCAGCUAGAGCAGGGGCAAAAAAUUGCUGAAGAUGCUCGCAGAAAAGCAGAGCAAGGUGUUGCUGCUCAGAAACGUGAGGCUCAUGUGCUUCAGGAAAAGUAUGAUAAGGCCAUGGCUUCAAUGGCUGAGAUGGAAAAGCGAGUGUUAAUGGCAGAAAGUUCAUUGGAGGCUACCCGUCAAUAUGAAUCUGGCCUAUCCAGAGCACUUUCUUCUCCAAGGGCCGGUCUAGCACCAAGCCCGAGGGAAGAAAAGCCUUCACGGAAGAUAGGUCUACUAAGCUUUGGACUGACUUGGCGUGACAAAAACAGGGGAACACCGAUAGGUGUGGGGGGAUCUUGUGAAAGCAAGCCUAAAAAUUGGGGAACUGACGCUGUCACUCCGAGGAAGGAGUCCAGUAAACAAGAACAAGACUAAUAGAGCAGUCUCUGCGGAAACUCAAGGCUCAUUCUCCUCCUGCGUCAGAACAUCCGGGCGUAGCAGGGGCAAGGCGUGGGCUAUGAAGAGAGUGCGAAUUGCUAUCAUACCUUUGGGAAGCAAGAUAAGACAAGGCAG